UGCCAUGAACCCGGACUGUCCACCGGUUCUCUGAGUGGAUGAGGCGGUCUCAGUCUGGACAACCAUCAGCCGAGCAGAGGACUGGCUGAAGGGGGUUUAUUAUAUAUCUGCUCUGCUGUGGAGCUGUGGAGCCCAUCCCCACUGACAUGCUGCGUUUACCAGCCCACACACACUCCAGCGAACACAGCAGCCUGCAGCUCUUCUGCCGACACUAGUGAGAGAUGACAGCGAGGAGGAGAGACGCCUCGCAGCCGCUCAGCAGCUCGCAACUCCCGCAGAGGAAGGGAGCGGCGGCGGCGGCGGUGGACCGCGCGAAGGCGAAGGCUAACCCGGACUGGUUUUAUGUGUGUCCUCCUCGACAGGAGCCGGAGAAAGGACCGGUUUCCUCCUCUGCAGCGGGGAUCCAUGCCCAUGUGGUCGGGGUUGUGGGAGCCGGAUCCGGAUCCGGGGCUGCAGACGAGUCCUCUGACAGCGAGGCGGAGCAGGAAGGGCCCCAGAAACUCAUCCGGAAAGUGUCCACUUCAGGACAGAUCAGGAGCAAGACGAGUAUAAAGGAGGGAUUGUUGCUGAAACAGACCAGCUCGUUCCAGAGGUGGAAAAAGCGUUACUUCAAACUGAGAGGCCGAACGCUCUACUACGCCAAAGAUGCCAAGUCUGGCAGUGCCCUGGCACGCUGGCAGGAGCGGGCGCUGCGCAGAGUGUCCAGGAGUCGCGUGUGCUGGCGAGUUCUGUCCGUGUGCUGGACGGGCGCACGACGCUCCCCCCCACCUCUGGGUGCCAGCGGAUCUGAGGAAGGCCUAGUGAGAAUUCGGUCCCUUAUCUUUGACGAGGUGGACCUAUCGGAUGCCAGCGUUGCAGAGUCCAGCACAAAGAAUGUCAACAACAGCUUCACAGUGAUCACUCCGUUCCGUAGGCUCAUCCUCUGUGCCGAGAACAGGAAAGAGAUGGAGGACUGGAUCAGUUCGCUGAAGUCCGUCCAGUCCAGAGAGCAUUACGAGACGGCACAGUUUAAUGUGGAACAUUUCUCAGGGAUGCACAACUGGUACGCCUGCUCCCACGCACGGCCCACCUUUUGCAACGUCUGUAAAGACAGCUUGUCUGGGGUCACGUCUCACGGCCUCUCCUGCGAAGUGUGCAAAUUCAAAGCCCACAAACGCUGUGCUGUCAGAGCCACUAACAACUGUAAAUGGACAACCCUGGCUUCCAUAGGGAAGGAUAUCAUUGAGGAUGAGGAUGGGAUUGCGAUGCCUCACCAGUGGUUGGAAGGAAACCUGCCUGUCAGUGCCAAGUGUGCCGUGUGUGAUAAGACGUGUGGCAGCGUGCUGAGACUGCAGGACUGGCGCUGCCUCUGGUGCAAAGCUAUGGUGCACACAGCCUGUAUGGACCUGUACCCUCGCAAGUGUCCUCUUGGUCAGUGCAAAGUCUCCAUCAUUCCCCCUACGGCGCUCAACAGCAUCGACUCCGAUGGCUUCUGGAAGGCCACCUGUCCCCCGUCAUGUGCCAGUCCCCUCCUGGUCUUUGUCAACUCCAAAAGCGGCGACAACCAGGGAGUGAAGUUCCUACGACGCUUCAAGCAGCUGCUCAACCCGGCUCAGGUCUUUGACCUGGUCAACGGCGGGCCGCACCUCGGUCUGCGCCUGUUUCAGAAGUUUGACAACUUCCGGAUCCUGGUGUGUGGAGGAGAUGGAAGCGUAGGCUGGGUCCUCUCAGAGAUUGACAAACUCAAUCUUCACAAACAGUGCCAGCUGGGGGUGUUGCCCUUGGGCACGGGCAACGAUCUGGCCCGGGUGCUGGGCUGGGGCCCCUCGUGCGACGACGACACCCAGCUUCCCCAGAUCCUGGAGAAGUUGGAGAGGGCCAGCACCAAAAUGCUGGACCGCUGGAGCAUCAUGACCUACGAGAUUAAGAUCCCACCCAAACACAGCUGCCCCACCACGCCUGAGGGAGCCGACGACUGCCAGUUUCACAUUUCAGCCUAUGAAGACUCAGUAGCUGCUCACCUCGCAAAGAUCCUCAACUCUGAGCAGAACUCUGUGGUCCUCUCCUCUGCCAAGAUCCUGUGUGAAACCGUGAAGGAUUUUGUUGCCAAAGUUGGGAAAGCCUAUGAAAAAAGUCCAGACAACACGGAUGAGUGCGACACCAUGUCUCUCAAAUGUGCCAUCCUGAACGAGAAACUGGACUCCCUCCUCCAGACCCUCAACGCAGAGUGCCCGGCUCUACCUUCACUGCCCCACUCCACUCCUCCGAUCGUAGAGGAGGAGCAGGAGGACGAGGAGGAGGAAGAGGAGGAGGCCAGCGAGGAGAGCCUGACGGAGCUGAAGGAGAAGAUGGAGAUGGAGGAGACGGAGAAAGGAGGACGAGCCCCGCACCACCUGUUCAAAAGCAGGGAGCAGAUGAUGCUCCGGGCCAACAGUCUGAAGAAAGCACUGCGGCAGAUCAUAGAGCAGGCCGAGAGAGUGGUGGAUGAGCAGAACGCCCAUACGGACGACACCGAGCUGCCGUCUCCGCUGGAGUUCAGGAAGGACAGCGAGGAGGAGAACCGAGACAGUGAGAAGGACGAGGACACCAAGGAGCUGGAAGCAGUGACAUCCGCUAAGAGUCCCUGUUCUCCGACGGAGAGGAGGGUGAGCCGCAGCACCCAGUCCUACGGCUCCUUCACCAUCACCCCCUUCACCACCAGCAAGGAGAACCUCCCGGUGCUCAACACGCGCAUCAUCUGCCCCGGCUUGCGGGCGGGUCUGGCUGCCUCCAUCGCUGGCAGCUCCAUCAUUAGUAAGAUGCUGCUGGCUAACAUCGACCCCUUCGGUGCCACGCCCUUCAUCGACCCCGACCUCGACUCACUAGAGGGCUACAUGGAGAAGUGUGUGAUGAACAACUACUUUGGCAUCGGCCUAGAUGCCAAGAUCUCCCUGGAGUUCAACAACAAGAGAGAGGAGCAUCCAGAGAAAUGCAGGAGUCGUACCAAGAACAUGAUGUGGUACGGCGUUUUGGGCACGAAGGAGCUUCUGCAGAGAACCUACAAGAACCUGGAGCAGAAGGUCCAGCUAGAGUGUGACGGCCAGUACAUCCCCCUGCCCAGCCUUCAGGGGAUCGCUGUGUUAAACAUCCCCAGCUACGCAGGCGGGACAAACUUCUGGGGCGGCACCAAGGAGGAUGAUAUCUUCUGUGCCCCGUCAUUCGAUGAUAAGAUCCUGGAGGUUGUGGCUGUGUUUGGGAGCAUGCAGAUGGCCGUGUCCAGAGUCAUCAAACUGCAACACCACCGCAUAGCACAGUGUCGAACAGUGAAGAUUACCAUCCUGGGCGAUGAGGGGGUUCCCAUUCAGGUGGACGGCGAGGCCUGGAUCCAACCGCCUGGAGUCAUCAAGAUCCAGCACAAGAACAGGGCUCAGAUGCUCACCAGAGACCGGGCGUUCGAGAACACGUUGAAGUCAUGGGAGGACAAGCUGAAGUAUGAUAAGGCUCCCUUGCGGCCUCACCUCUACCCGCAGCAGUCUGUGGAUCUAGCUACAGAGGAGGAGGCCGCCCAGGUGCAGAUGUGCGCCCGCGCUGCAGAGGAGCUCAUCACAAGGAUAUGUGAGGCGGCGAAGACCAAUGGGAUGUUAGAGCAGGAGCUGGCUCAUGCUGUUAAUGCCGCGUCUCACGCCAUCAACAAAACGCACCCCAAGUUCCCAGAGAGUCUGACCAGAAACACAGCUAUAGAGGUGGCGAGCACCGUCAAGGCUCUGUACAACGAGACAGAGUCUCUGCUGCUGGGCCGAGUCUCUCUGCAGUUGGACCAACCAGAGGAGGAUCAGCUGUCCAGUGCUCUGCAGAGUGCGGAGUUGGAACUGGGCAAACUGGGAGACAUCCCCUGGCUCUACCACAUACUGCAGCCCAAUGAUGAGGAGGUUGAUUGUGCUUAUGUACCAGGACCACUCUCUGGGUUACGGCAAGAGGAACAGUCGCAGCAGCAUGUUUCGCAUAGUGCCCAAGUUCAAGAAGGAAAAGGCCAGCAAGAAGACGAGUCCUCAGUCAGUGGAAAGAUGGGGCCCAGAGGAGGUGGGCGUCUGGCUGGAACAGCUGAGUCUCGGGGAGUACAGAGACACCUUCAUCCGACACGACAUCCGAGGCUCGGAGCUGCUGCACCUGGAGAGGAGGGACCUGAAGGAUCUGGGGAUAUCGAAAGUGGGUCAUAUGAAGAGAAUUCUCCAGGGAACUAAAGACCUGGCCAAGGCCUCUAUGGUUGACCUCUAACCCGGAAGCAGACGCUACCGGAGAGGGGGAAAUAAAACAUUCCCCUCACAUCAGUGGAAGAGUUUGGGAGCACCGCAGGCAGUGAAGGAGAAGAUAGGCAUUCGAGGAGAGCUGGAUUUUUAUCCCUCUGCUGAGGAAGCCUCUGUGAUGUUGUUACCAAGAUACAUUAGUGCGUUCGUUUGUGCUUUGGUGCCAAAAUGACUGUCGAGAAAAGGCGGACGGAAAUGCAAAAGGAAGUCAUGGAUCUUCACAAAACAAAACAAAAAAGCCAUUUCUAAGUUAAUAACCAUUCAUAGCACACAAUCAGGUAUGCAACUAACCAUACUGUUGACUUGUUGUUUGAGUUGUGAUAACAAACUAGUAGCAAAACCAGGACUUCCAUGAGUGUGGGAUUUAGCUUCAGUUCGGUAGCGUGUAAAACGUGGGAUGCUUAGCUGGAUCUCUGGCUCACAUCACAGAGCAAAGCAACCUGCGGAUUUCUGCUGCUCGGUGGAGACGGAGAAGAUAAAGAUGUAACAUCACAGUCUGGGUGGUUAAUCUGGAAGGUGUGGUGUCUGAAAACAGUGGGAUACUGUCGCAUGCUAUGCUUGCUCAACUUUAGAUAUGUUUAAUUGCAUGAUUAGUGUCUUGAUUUUUUUUGUGUGUGUGCAAAAUAACACUUGAACAAGUUUUACAUGACUUUUAAGUAUUACGAUGCCAUUUUGUUACUACUGAAAGCAUCCCUUUUUUUUGGUCUAAAUCCAACCUUUUUUUUCUAGCUUUAAUUUAUUUCGUUUGCAUGAUAAUGACGUGUCAAAGAUUUGUGCCAUAUUUUCAGUUAUUUAGUGUAAAAAUGUGCUUUAUUGGUAGAAGUCAUAAGAAGUUUUUUUUUAAAAAGCUGUUGAGGUAUGAAUAUAUGGAAUUAAUAUCUGUAAGUUGACACGUUCUUUGUGGAUGUGAUAUCAGUACCAAAGUGAAUGUGUAAGAAAAUCAUCUGAUGGCUUUGUUCAGGUCGCGACUCUUAAUUUAAUAGGCCAGUAGGUCUUUAGUUGUUAAUUCCAUUUAAGGUGGGAGAGAGAUUAGUGUUAGUCGGGAAGAAAGUACAAUAAACUGUAGGGUCGUUGAGGUUUUUUUAAGGAACACUUAAAAGGCACUUUUUACUUCUUGCUUUAUGCAAGUGCAAAUACUCAUAUCAUUACAUAGAAUUAACGAUUCACCUCAACUUUUUAACUUUUGGCAAUUUAACACAGUAUUUAACACUAACGAGAAUAGCAGUUAGAUAUGGGUUUUUGAAUAUGUAAUAGAGCAGUUGAUCUGCAGCCUGCAUAGCGUCGUUCCAGUGCAGCUUUGUAUUCUUUUCUUCAAAUUACAAGUGAGACGUUGAUAGAACACUACUUUUACUUGUUAGUUUCUUUUUAAGACUGGUGGCAUUACAGGGUAUAUUUCUAUAUGUGAUGCUAAGUUUGUAUAUACAUAUAUGCACUGUAUAUAUAUAUAUAUAUAUACCAGUGUAUGCAAACAAUGUUUGUAAGUGUCGUAGUCGAAUGCAUUUGUAGAUUGCUGACAUGGCAUGCAUUGUCAACAGCUUACACAUUUGAUUGUGUAUAUUACACCAUAACAAUUGUGUGUUGUUGAUUUUGUUCUAAUCUCUUGUACAUGAUAAUGCUGUUGUAUUCUAAUGAUGGUGCAAUAUUUUAUCUCUUGUUUUGAUACUGUCUCUGCAGCUUUCCGACAUGAUGUUUCUCAAUGGGAAAAAAAAAAAAUAGAGUUUUUUGUAUACCUCCUCGAGGUUUGGGGAUUAGAUUUUAAAAAUUCAGGCCCGUAGACAGACUGCUUUUUUCUUACGGACUCCAAAUUUCUUCCAGCGGUUCACUAGUUUGUAGUUUUGCUCCUCUGUGCUUCCAAGACGAUACACUAAAGUAGGACUGUGUCGGUGAAUGAGUAGAGUGGGCAGACAUGACUGUUGUGUUAACAUGUAUCACAAUGUUUUUGUGUGCGUGUGUCUACUACAACAGUGGCAUAUUAUCAGCAAUUGUAUACUUACCAUUGCCAACUAAUUUUAUCAUGUAAUUUCAACUCUGAUAGUUUUCUGCCUUUUGGAGAAUAAUGUUGCCUGUAUGUUGGUUUUAAUUCUGCCUUUUCACCUCAAAGAGUUUUCUGUUAAGGAUUAAUUUAAAAAAAUACUUUUUUUUACUAUAUAUUGCAGCCGAUUAGACUUCUCUCUGUUGCUAUUAAAUAGGCGUUAUCAGUCGCUAUAAGCACCAUAGAUGUGGCUCAAUAGGGGCCUACUACACCCAAUAUUAGGUUUUAUCAUCUAUUCACAUGGUAGGCGCACAUAGUGCCCCAUAACGCCUGUUAGAUGGCCUGACAGCAGUCGGAUUGGGUGACUAUUGAGUGCUACAUUUCAACAUGCGCACAAGUUUUCAGCUUUCAUCAAAGUAUCCUCAAUAAUACUAGAAUGUGAGAGGCUGAAACUUCAUGUGUUGUCUCAAAUAUCCCACCAGAGGGCGAUCUAUUACAUAUCACCUCGUCACAGUCCCUGACUCACAUUGUCAAACAGCAUUUUACUGUUUGCUUAUGCCAACAAUCAGUUGUGUCAGGCUACUGUGUUCAUGGCGCUAAUUGGCGUGCAGAAAUUAAGAAGCAUAUCAAUCAAAUUCCAAUCCAAGAUACAUUUUUUCAUGUAUUGUUCAUUCUGCAACUCUUAGCCAAAGAGAGGUUAGUUGCUAUAAACCGCAAGAGAUUAUUUCCAAUUUUAUUGCACCUCUACCUGACUUAAGAGACGUUUAUCCUCAUGGACACAACUCUGCCUUUUAUUCAGUUAGUACAUCAGAUUCAUUGUUAACUAUAUUUGACGACAGUUAUGUUAGCCAGAAACUCUGGAUAAUAUAAGCCUUUCCGUUAGUAUGUGCUUUAAAUGGAGCAGUAUAGUAGAGCUGCUGUACGCUGCCUUGUUCCUGCAGUGCUCGUUGAGUUUGGCCUCGAAUCCAUUUAAUCUCCAUCAUCACCAAACUGAAUCCACUAAUAACCGCUGCAGCUCCUGAGCUGAUUCCGUCUACGUCUCUGUUAUCUGUGUGUCCAAAGUGUCUGCCUGGUUCUCUAAAAUCUCAAAUGCUUCGGCCCCAGACGAGACAACGCUUGACCUUUCCAUACAAAAGUGGAAGUAGCCACCUUUCUCCCUUGCUGUGUUUUCCAGUGGUCUGUAAAUAAUGCUGCAAACUGCCUGGUUUUCUAAGACCAACGAAACCCAUGCAAGGUUCCUCCAAAAGACAGGAUAACAUAUAAGUCUUUGACGUGGUUCCUAUAAAGUGAUGGGAGAAAAGUGAGUUUCAUUUGUUUACAUUAUGUUUACAAUGGCACAGUUUUAAUUUUUAAGAAUAUAUAUGUAGGUAUAAACAAUAUUUGCAUAUUUAUUGCCUAAGGUUAAAUGACAUGAUGUGUAUUGUGUUUUCACAUUUGGAAUAUAAUGUUACAGUUGUCACCUGUAUUACUAUCUGGAUGAUUUUUGGUAAAGUAGUUGAUCAUUUUUAUGACUACUAAGUGACUGUUUUCUGUGCCUUUUUAUGGUUAGAAUGCAUGGUUAACUAUUUAUUACAAUUUGGAGUCACUAUGAGAUGUGUAUUUUUGUAUUCUGAAUAAAUAAAUGGUUCAGCUUUUGUUGUACAUUUUUAAGGUGCCUUAAAACAGGCUACCUAUUCAUAUCUCUCUUCUUCAAUAAAACCAAAUACAUAUGCA